AGCCGGGGAGCGGGCGGGCGAGCGGGUGGGCGCAUGGAGGGCGCGGACGGGCGCGCGGAGGAGCGGGCGCCGCUGCUGGGCGCGCGGCGGGCGGCCUUCGCGGGCCGGCGGCUGGCGUGCGCCGCGGUGCUGCUGACGGAGCUGCUGGAGCGCGCCGCCUUCUACGGCGUCACGGCCAACCUGGUGCUGUUCCUGAACGGCCCGCGCUUCGCCUGGGAGGGCGCGCAGGCCAGCCAGGCGCUGCUGCUCUUCAUGGGCCUCACCUACCUGGUGUCGCCCUUCGGCGGCUGGCUCGCCGACGCGCGGCUCGGCCGGGCGCGCGCCAUCCUCCUCAGCCUGGCGCUCUACCUGCUCGGCAUGCUGGCCUUCCCGCUGCUGGCCGCGCCCGCCACGCGCGCCGCGCUCUGCGGGGCCCCGCACCCCACGCGCGGCCGCAACUGCUCGGCGCCGUCCUGCGCCGACGCGCCCGCCCGCUACUGCGCGCCCGCCGCGCUCGGGGCGCUCGUGGUCGUGGGCCUGGGCGUGGGCGCCGUCAAGGCCAACAUCACGCCCUUCGGCGCCGACCAGGUUAAAGACCGCGGCCCGGAAGCCACGCGCCGGUUCUUCAACUGGUUCUACUGGAGCAUCAACCUGGGGGCCCUCCUCUCGCUGGGCGGCGUGGCCUACAUCCAGCAGAACGUGGGCUUCGUGAGCGGCUACGCCAUCCCCACCGUCUGCAUCGGCGUCGCCUUCCUCACCUUCCUCUGCGGCCUGAGCGUCUUCGUCACCAAGCCCCCCGACGGCAGCGCCUUCACCGACGUGUUCAAGGUCCUGGCGUACUGGUGCCGCCCCCAGCAGCGACCUGCGGACCGCGGUCCCGGCGGUGAAGGCAGUGGAGGCUGCCAGCCGCCUUCUAAACACAGUCUGUUUGAUUCCUGUAAGAUGUCCCGGGGCGGGCCCUUCACGGAGGACACCGUGGAGGACGUGCGGGCCCUGGUCAAGGUCGUGCCCGUGUUCUUGGCUCUGAUCCCCUACUGGACGGUGUACUUCCAGAUGCAGACCACGUAUGUCCUGCAGAGUCUUCACCUGAGGAUCCCAGAAAUCCCGAGCCUCACGGCCACAACGAACACGUUCCCGGCCGCCUGGCUCACCAUGUUCGACGCGGUGCUCAUCCUGCUGCUGAUCCCGCUGAAGGACAAGCUGGUGGACCCCGUGCUGCGCCGGCACGGCCUCCUGCCGUCCUCCCUGAAGCGCAUCGCCGUGGGCAUGUUCUUCGUCAUGUGCUCGGCCUUCGCUGCCGGGAUCCUGGAGAGCAAGCGGCUGGACCUCGUGCGGGUGAGGACCGUGAACCAGACCAUCGGCAACGUCGUGUACUUCGCCGCCGACCUGCCCAUCUGGUGGCAGGUGCCCCAGUACGUGCUCAUCGGCAUCAGCGAGAUAUUCGCAAGCAUCGCCGGUCUGGAGUUCGCGUACUCGGCCGCGCCCAAGUCCAUGCAGAGCGCCGUCAUGGGCCUGUUCUUCUUCUUCUCCGGCGUCGGCUCCUUCGUGGGCUCGGGCCUGCUGGCGCUCGUGUCCACCACGGCCAUCGGGUGGAUGAGCAGCCACACGGACUUGGGCAACAUCAACGGCUGCCACCUCAACUACUACUUCUUCCUCCUGGCCGCCGUCCAGGGCGCCACCCUCCUGCUCUUCCUCCUCGUGUCCGUGAAGUACGACCGGCAGCGCGCGAGGGCGUUGACGCCCGGGACGCCCAGCAGCCGCCGGGCCUGACCCCGAAGUCCCAGCGGGUCCGAGACUGACACUGGGGGAACUGGCCGGAGUGCGGAGCGAGGCAGGCUGUUAACUCCGGGAACGUCCGCCCCCUGACCCGAUGGUGUCCUCCUGCCUGGCGGACGGGCAAGUGCCUUCCUGUGGCUCACCUGCUCACGGGGCCUCUGGAGCCGAAGCGCAGGGGCCUCCUCGUCAGGAGAGACGCCCCCCCUGCAGCCGCCGUGCCAGGCCCACGCGAGGUGCACGGCCGAGGCCACGUGUCUGCUGCCUCUUCGUGGUUUACACACGUGUGAGCUUGUGAUGUGACUGUUUUCCUCCUGAUUAAUGAGCACCCACUCGUGGUGGAGGGCGGAGGGUUCAGGUGACGGUGGUCGGUGGUCAGACGCGUGGGACUCACCGGGUCUGGGUCGUGGUCUCACCAGCCACUCCUCUUGCCUCCGGCACAGCCGGCACCGAGUACGUUUAUCUGCUGCUUCAAACAUCCUUCUUUUGUAAACUGUUGACAUUGCUUUUUCUUUUAAUGAAGAAGGUGAGUCAGGAAAUCGUUAAGCCCGUGUGUCCCGUCUCAGCUGCGAACGGCUGAGUGUUUGAAGCUGCGCGGAGCGUCCUGUGUGGCGUUCGGUGCCACGGGGCGGAGGGCCCGUCGCGGGGCCGGAAGGAGCCCGUUCUUUUGAACAAAAUCCAUGUAAUUAAGAGCCGUGGACAGUUUACCUGUGAACCUGACCGUGGGGUCACUGCGUUUGUAUAUUAUUUUACAUGCCUCUGGGUCUGACUUUGUUAAGUAAACUCUUCCUUUGUUGCUGGACUUUUGGUAAAAGCUUGUUAUUAAAACGCCUUCAACCUGAGGCCCACAA